UAUUCAUGCCCGCCCGCGAUAACGGGAGCGGGAGCGAUGACGACGAUGACGACGACGAUGACGACGACAUAUCUAGCAUUGCAACCACACAUCAUACUACCAGUACCUCCACUUCUAUCAAUCAGUUCAGCACCAGCAUCACAUUCACUACUCACUCCAGCUCCAGCUUUUUCCUCGAUUCCAGCUUCUUCUCCUUCUCCGAUUUCAUCCCCACCCCCACCCCACCUCCACCUCCACCUUCACAAUCACUACUCAUUCCAGUUCCACCUCGAUUACCCAGUCCAGCUCUGUCUCUACAAUUGCCAAUACAGACAUGUCCACCAGCUCCAGCUUAAGUUAUGCAAGUACUACUAGUGGUACCAGUUCCUCAAGCUUGGGGCAGCACAGUGUACAUGGCGUGACUUCAACUGCCGGCCAUGGGCUUAGCACUGGGGCGCGGGCUAGUUUAUCAUGUGGAAUAAUGUUUUCUUUGAUAUUAUCCGCACUGGUAGUUUGUUAUUUCAGGAAAAGGUCUUCUCGCCCUUGGGAUCGAAUCAUGGAUGAACCUACCAUUUCUUCAUCGGAAGUUAGUCAAUAUUGCCCUCACAAUUCCAUUUCCUCUCUCUCAAGAGGAGUUUUGCCUCCACCUCCGAGUUCACCUCGAUUGGACACUGCGCAUCCGUAUCCACCUGAUAUCUCGCACUCUCCGCCCCUUCUGAGCAUCCCAAGGGCUGCCUCCUUGAUGAACGAUGAUUCUUGUAUCGAAAUUUAUACCCUGUAUCUGCGAGGAGCCCCUGUCAUGGAUAACAAAUACUUGCCAACACAUUCUCAGCGCCCACCCGCUCUGCGUCGGAUGCGUCCACAGGCUUUUCACGAACACAUUCUAGACCCUAUGGCGCUCGGGUCCCUGCAAUUGCCGCAUUGACGGGCAUUUUUUUACGUUACUAGUCGGUAGCUCGAGCAACUCAAAGUUGAACACAGUCUUGAUGCUCAAGAAUAGUAGGACUUUCCGCCAGAAUAAUAUUCUAGUGGACAUCACAACCUACCUUGCAAUAAUUCACUUUUUUUUCUCGCAUUUUAGACUAUUUCUUGGAAUGCUGCAAUAAAUACAUGGAAUCUGGAGUUUGAAGACCCUCGGGUCUGUCUCGUCAAA